CAGGGUAAUAUAAAGCUUUGCAACACUGGUGUGUGUAUCGAGCGAAAAGCAAAUUCUGUAAAUUUUACAAAAAGUGGAAAAUCUGCAUAAUUUGGCUAAUUGAAGCUAAAAAUAUUUGAUAACCAUACUAUUGGAUCGGAAAAGUUGCAAAAUUUAUUGGAAAUAUCAACAACAACAGCUGCCUGGGAAAUUGUGGAGUAGAAAAAAAAUUUAAGAGCAGAGGAAAAGCAGAAAAGUGGACGUGAUAAAUAGAAAAUAGCCAGCAACUCAGGAUAAAAAGUUGAAUUAUUAAUCGAAUCGGCAUUCUAUUUGCGUACCGCAGUACCUGUAGCAGUAAAGAUGGGUAAUGAAACAUCUUUGCCCAUGGAGAUGUGCUCCAAUUUUGAUGCCGAUGAGAUAAGACGUUUGGGCAAACGUUUCCGCAAACUCGACUUGGACAAUUCGGGAGCAUUGAGUGUAGAUGAAUUCAUGUCAUUGCCGGAAUUGCAGCAGAAUCCUUUGGUGCAACGUGUCAUCGAUAUCUUUGACGCGGACGGUAAUGGAGAAGUCGACUUUAAAGAGUUCAUUCAGGGUGUCUCUCAGUUUAGUGUGAAAGGUGACAAAUUGUCAAAGCUACGUUUCGCCUUCCGAAUUUACGACAUGGAUAACGAUGGUUACAUAUCGAAUGGUGAACUGUUUCAGGUAUUAAAAAUGAUGGUAGGCAACAACCUGAAAGACACGCAAUUACAACAGAUUGUUGAUAAGACUAUUUGCUUCGCCGACAAAGAUGAGGAUGGAAAAAUCUCUUUCGAUGAAUUUUGCUCCGUGGUGGGUAACACAGAUAUUCACAAAAAAAUGGUUGUUGACGUUUAAAGUCGUUUUCUAAUAACACUAAUAAUGCUACAGUCUACAAUUAAAAUACAUAUUUUAUAAAGAUAUGGUUCUCUAUUCUGCAGUUUUCAAAGGGUUCUGAUUUUUGUUAAAUCUCGAAAUAAUUUGAGAUGUAUAUUGUUUUUUUACGCAUACAAAUAUUUUAAAAAGGUUUUGUUGAAAUCGUUUCUUGAAUUACGUAUACAUAUUGUUUUUAAAGAACUUUGCUAUCUUCAGAUAUUUAUUAUGUGUGAUAAGCUUAAUUACAUAAAAUGUGUCAAAAUAUUGCAAUGAAGGCGUAGAAAAGACACCGCAUUACCGAGAGAACUAAUUAUGUGUAUUGAAAAAGUCAACAAAUGAACGUGUUACACAUUUCUAAAAAAAAAAAUCUAACUACAUAGUCAUUAAAUGCAAAAUAUAUUAGAAAAUUUUAAAAACUUUUACAUCAGCGAUUGAGAACCAUCAAAACCAUCAAACUGCAACAAGUUUAUCCAAAUGCAAUGUUUACUAUGUUUUACACAUUUUCACAAAUUUCUUGAACGUGCAAUAUAUUUAUAACUUAUUGGCUGCAGGAAAUAAAAGUAUCGACUUAAAGCCAAGACUUUUUCUAAUCGUUUUACGCUAAAGCUGACUAAUACAGCUGUGCUUAUAUAAUGUUACCUGGUUAAAUUGUAGUUUGGAAUUUGUAUUUUAAAAAGUAACUUUUAUGUGAGCAUUUACAUACAUAUGUAUGUUAGUUCCCGCCUUAAGAUUUUCUUUUUUUCAACAAAAUUAUAUUCAUAUCUCCAAAACUAGAAACUAUUUGUAAAACCUCGCACAGCAGAAGAAAUUGAAAUUACAUAUUUUUCCUUAUUAUUUUAUAUAGAAUAUGUACUACUUAAAAACUUCUUACAUAUAUGUACAUAUUAUGAUUACGAUACUUAAUUUUUCGCUUAGAAAUUAAAAAAAAAAUAAAUAAAUCUGUCAAAAUUGUACGGUGUGAUGCAUUCAUAUGAACUUGUCUUGGUCUAAUGAAAAAAGUUUAUUUUCAAACAACCGAAACGAACAUUAAGAGAAAGAGUAUUCUUAAAAAGAAAUUAUUAUUCUUUAUUAAAGUACUUUUUUUACAAAUAGUUUCAACCGACCACCUUUGUUAACUGUAUGUUCCCAGAGUGUGUGUUAUUAAAAAUCGAAAAAGUUGUUAUAUCUUUAUUUGUGUUCGUAAGAAAUUUAGGUGUUUUUUGGUUCACUUUCACUUCAUAUAUUCAGAUGGGAGUCGAGUAGUAGAGAAAUCUAUACAAUUGUUUAACUGAAGAGGUAACAAGAAAUGAAAUCCAUUAGAAAAUAAAGAAGUCUUUAAAAAUCUUGUAUGUGGUUAUUUGUGGAAGCUUAUAUGAAAUGUAAUGCCAUAUUUUUUCUCAAUGCAAAUGGAAUUAGAUAAAAAUAUAAUAAAUUGUAGCAAAUAAACAAAUUUCUAUGCUAACAAAUAUCAGUAAGUGUGAGAAUUUCAAAAUUUGAAUGUUUUGAAUAUUACACUAUUAGUUUACAUGUAAUUUUAUUUACGUACUUAUAUUCAAUUGUUUGUUUUAGAGGAACUUGUUUAUCUUAAUAUUUGAAACAACGUAUCUUUGAAGCCAAUAUAUUUACUGAAUUUGUAACCUAUCUAGGAUAUUAAGAAUAAAAAUCACAUUUACUUUGUUUUUAUUUAAUACUAUUUCUGCCUUAACGUCAUGAAUCUAAAAAUCAAACAAAAUUUCACACCAAUGUUAACUCUAAUUAAAAAUUUUGAGUGCGAAUAAUGGUUUUGAAAAUUACUAAAUAAAAAAACAUACUCAUAUGCAUAACAGAUAAUUAAAAUACAUAUUUUAAAAUUAUGAAUUAUGCACAUUGUGAAUGUACACAUGACAAACUUUUUCUAAUGUCCGUGGGAGAAGCACUUUACUUAUUAAAAAAAAAAAAAACUUAGCUAAGUAAAAAAUAUUGGAUUGAAAUAUUAGAAUUUAAGUACACUAAGCUAGUCAUUGCAUUAGCUAGUUUGAGGUAGUAAAACCUCUACAUGACCCAUGGAUUUCGAUGGCAACUUUUAAAAUUUUCACUAUAUGACAUGGACAACAAAAAAUUUGAAGUCCCGCUCGAAAGAGCGAUGUCGUUGGAUAACAUGCAACAACUUCUAUCACUAAGGAAACAACGUUGAAAUCGAAGAUUUUCCAAUUCACUGUAUCUUCAAUACUCUCCUCCCAAGUACCUUACAGCCUUCUUCUCCUUUCCCUCAUUAACUAUUUGUCUCGUACUUCGGCACUUUUUACCUAGACCCUCCCUAGCACUUGACAAAAUAAAUGAAUAAAAAAUGAAUUUUGACAUUUUUGCACUAUGCAAUUUUACAAGUUAA